UCAGAUUUCAAUCUUAAUUUUUCCAUGGGACUCUCAUUUACCUUAAGUAAACACGAGCUCCAACUAGAGUCCAAAUGGCUUAAAUAGUUGUCGUCAAUCAACUGCAGAGCUAAAAACAGCUUUGACUUAUUACUCAAAAGAAUAUUGGAGGGAAGAAGCUAUUCCCCCUUUAAUGAUGGAUGAAGACUGAAUAGAAUAUAGCUACAAGAUGAAGAAGUAGUCCGAUUUAUUUCCAGGUAUUAUUAAAUAUCGCAAUCUGAAUGAUUUUUUUCCCAAAUCAGUGGAUAGCGGGUUCCCAGUGCCGAUUCCGACACUGUGAAGAGGCCCUUGGCAGUGACACUGUGUGCUCAUUAUGGAGAGAAGGAAAAUGUUUAGAUCCACUUUGCAGAUUUAGACACAUGGAAAUGCAGCAAAACUGCAGUAUUUCAUGCUUCUGGGAAACUCAGCCUCUUGGUUGUGUGAAGAUCAGUUGUAUCUUUUAUCACAGCAAACCUCGAAAUAUCAAUGGAUUAUUUUUGCCACCAAGUAGCAAUAUCACUCUACAGAAAGAAACUCAGGAAGGAAUUUCACCCCCAGCCCAGAGUCAGGAACCUCUGAAACCUCAGGAGAAUAUAUCACGACCUAUUCACCGUCCCUUAGUGUUAAAAACGAAUUUUGAGGAAGAAGAGGAGGAAGGAGAUGAACAAAAUGAUGCUUCUAGUUUAUGGACAAAGACGCCUGAAGAAAUUGAAGAAAAAAGAGCAAUAAAGGAGAUGUGUUAUAAAUCUGGUGAAUACUACAGAUUUCACACUCCUCCAGAUAUUUCAUCUUCUAAAAGCAUAGCCUCUACAGUGGAAAAAGAGUUAGAAAAGCCUUUGGAAAAUGGCAGUGAAUUGCAAGAAGGGGAUGGUCUGACAGUUCCAACAAAAUUUAGCCUCUCUGAAAGGCAAGGGGAGAUAAAAGCAUCACUGGAUGGGAAACCAAGGACUGACAUUGCUGCUUUUGAAAAUGGAGGAGGUGACUGCUACGUUCCACAGAGGAUCAUAUUUCUUGGAGUGGAUGAAAAAGAAGUUUUGACUGAAGGGAAAGAAGUCACCAUGUCAAAAUGUUCAAAUGCUAAAGUGAAUGAUGUCCAGCCCGUGAGGAAGCCUCAUUUUAAAGGUGUGAAAAAAAGAAAAUGGAUUUACGAUGAACCAAAGAGCUUUCCUGGCCCAGGAAUGCGGAGAGCAGUACAGGCUCCAAAUCCCAAAAAUAAAAUGAGUUACCACCGCAAUAAUAGAAAUGGAAACUCCGAGAACGCAGCCUAUGUUCACGUUCAGAAAGAUGCUGUCAAGACCGUCUCAUGGAAUGCACCUCCCCGCGGCAGGCCCACAAACGGGUCCUACCAUAGAGCUGACAUCAACCAGGAACCCAAAUUCAACCUCUGUUCAGAUAAAUAUACAUCAACAUCAUAUAAUGGUUCAGCCUGGCGAAAAAGAAUUCCUUUUUCAAAAACAUAUUCAAAAACUGAAAAGAUAUAUACAGAGCCAAGAAGAAAUGGGAGCAAGUAAACCUGGAGGUCGAGAGAAGAGAAAAAUGAGAAAAGAGAAAAGUGCCAGAAAUCAUCUGAUUUACAAUCAAAAAAGAAAUUUCAAAGAAUGAGAUAUUCAAGUACUCCAUACUAUAUACUGGAUAGCCAAAGAUGAUAAAAUGCAAAUUCUGAAAAUAAGAUGCAGGAAGUACAUUGUGCUCUUUCAAAACUGAUAAAAAUGCAAAUUACAAACAGCUGCUUGUGUAUUUAUGUAGGUCUGGAAUUCAUUCGAUGCAUUGCCACAAACAUUUAAUAAAAUUUAAAAGUUUGACAAUUAAAA